AUGGCUCAAGCCGGUGACCACCUCGCCAUCCGUUCCCACGACCAGGAGCACCGUCGCGCAGACCUCCGCCCAAGGUUUCCCGUCCAAAACGCCGCCUCCUUCACGACCACGACGGUGUCCUGCAAGAGGAAGGCAUCCGCCGGUCACCCGGAGGCUCCGCCAGCGGCCCGGCGCCAAACCUUGUUCGAUGACGAGGACGCGCUGGCCGGAGAAAUUGUCAAGCUCGACGGUGGCAGCGCGGCUUCCAAGAACGGCGGCACGGAGGCGCCGCCCAUCGUCAUCGACGACGGCGACUUGCCCUGCCCAGAACCAGAACCAGCGGCGACGUGGCACGGGGAUAGUAACACGGUCGUUUCGCCGUUCGGCUACACGACGUGGGACCCGACCGACGGCGGCCGGUACGAGCUGCUGUCGACGUACACGCCUCCGCAGCAGUGCCUGGACGCGGACGAGGAGGACGCCCUGUGGUGGCUGGCGGCCGCCUACACGGCGCCUGAGCUCUACACGUCUCCGGCCAACGUGUUUUGGGGCACGCCGGACGGGAACUCAUUGCAGUUUCUGCUCCAGUGCUCCAGCCGCCGCAUUGCACUGCCACCGCCGCCGCCACCGACCCCGCGUCCUUCCGCCGCCACCCUCCCGCGACCACCGCCGCACCACGUCCUUCCGCCUCCCCGCUCCCCUCGGCCGAACCCUAAAGCCGCGGCGCGCCCACGUCCUCCUCCACGCCACUCUCACGUCUACGCGCUCGACGACGGCAGCAAGAUGCCGCUGCACCUCCAGAAAUUGGAGGAUGAAGAUAGGCUCAGCAUGCUAAUUGAUGAUAUUUUACUGUCUAUCUUGGGGAGAGUCAGUUUAGGUAUGGCGGUAAGGACAGCCGUGCUUUCUACACGGUGGAGGCAUCUGCCUUGGUUGCUGCCUGAACUCAGCAUCGAUGUCGAGGAUUUCCUAUCUGUUCCAUGCACUGAACCUCUUGACGCAAAUGAUAUGGAGGAAGCUAUGGUGUCUUUGACCAAAGCAACCAGGGGUUUCUUGGCUGAUCAGAAGAGAGGAUCCACCAUCUCAAGUCUGCACCUUAAGCUCUACUUGAUCAACGCUUUCUUGUGUGAAGUUGGCCCAAUGGUAUGUGACGCGAUCGACAACGGUUUGCUGAAAGAUUUGGAUCUCACCGUUCUUGAUGAGACAGAUCCUUUGGACUGCAGUGACGAGGAUAUGCUGCAGCGAGCUCAAGAGAUCGAUACUUUCUUCCGUGCCUAUCCUAGUGUGCUCUACUGCCUCACAAAGCUCUCUCUGAAAAAUGCAGGCUUCGACAAAUUGGACAUGCACCAUGUCUUGUUUGACUGCUGCAAGCAACUGAAGCAUCUAAGCCUUUGUUAUUGUGAUACUGGCACUUUCACUGUCUUUAAGAUUGAUGCACCAAACUCAAAACUUUGUGUUCUAGACAUCGACAAGUGCCGCUUUGAGAGAAUCGAAUUGGUCUGCCUCCCGAAAUUGGAGACGUUCAUAUGCACUACUUGGGUAUCUCAGCAUGUCCCAGUAACCUUUGGGUUUGUCCCAUCUCUCGGGGAAUUAGAGCUCUCAUGGGGUAAAUCAUAUGACCGAUGCCCAUUUAAAUUAAGUGAGCUGCUACAUGGCACAACAAGCAUACACUAUCUCACAUUGGAUUUCCAAGGAGAAAAUCUUUGGUUGCAACCUGAGAUGGAGGAACUCUGCACCGCAUUCAACAAGCUAAAGAAACUGUCCGUGUGUGGCGUGUUUGUGGAAUUUGACAUUAUAUGGAUUACGGCCUUUCUCGUAGCAGCACCAUCUAUCGAAAAACUACAUAUUCAGGUAUGGAACCAUGCAUGUGAUGUGGGCGAGUUCAGAGGUGAUGUCUACCGUGACAGAAGCACUCCUCAGUGGGAAAUGCGCUUCAAUGGCUCCGAGAACAGGCUACUGAAAGUGCUAGAAAUCGAUGGCUUUAGAGCACUAGAACAACAGUUCGCAUUCAUAAGAUCCAUGUUGGAGCGCUCUCCCAACUUGCGGAAGAUAAUUCUCAGAGGAGAUGACCAAUGCGACGACUGCAGACCUCUUGAUGCAUCGCUCCUCCAUCCUUCGAAAUUUCCGCAGAAGGAUGAGGAAGAAAUGGUGGUUGAGAGGAUCAGAGACGGCAUAUUUUCGCCAGAGAUAAUUUUUGAUGAAGACUGGUCACUGAGCAUCUGAGAUUUGUUUUUGCUCUUGUCAGUUGUCACCAGGACCGUGUCAAAGAGUAAUCUUCAGAGUUCAAUUUCAU